GACUAUAUAAGGACGUCAUUUCCGCGCGCGCGUUCUUUCUGCGCCAGAUAAGGGUCCAUACGGCUUUGUUCUGGAUUCCCGUCGUAACUUAAAGGGAAACUUUCACAAUGUCCGGAGCCCUUGAUGUCCUGCAAAUGAAGGAGGAGGAUGUCCUCAAAUUCCUUGCAGCAGGAACCCAUUUAGGUGGCACCAACCUUGACUUCCAAAUGGAACAGUACAUCUACAAAAGGAAAAGUGAUGGCAUCUACAUCAUAAAUCUGAAGAGAACAUGGGAGAAGCUUCUGUUGGCAGCUCGUGCCAUUGUUGCCAUUGAAAACCCAGCUGAUGUCAGUGUCAUAUCCUCCAGGAAUACUGGCCAGCGAGCUGUGCUGAAGUUUGCUGCUGCCACUGGAGCCACUCCUAUUGCUGGCCGCUUCACUCCUGGAACCUUCACUAACCAGAUUCAGGCAGCCUUCCGGGAGCCAAGACUUCUGGUGGUUACUGAUCCCAGGGCUGACCACCAGCCUCUCACAGAGGCCUCUUACGUUAACCUGCCUACCAUUGCUCUGUGUAACACAGACUCUCCUCUGCGGUAUGUGGACAUUGCCAUCCCAUGCAACAACAAGGGAGCUCACUCAGUGGGUCUGAUGUGGUGGAUGCUUGCCCGGGAAGUUCUGCGCAUGCGUGGCACCAUCUCCCGUGAACACCCAUGGGAGGUCAUGCCUGAUCUCUACUUCUACAGAGAUCCUGAAGAGAUUGAAAAGGAAGAGCAGGCGGCAGCUGAGAAGGCUGUGACCAAGGAGGAAUUUCAGGGUGAAUGGACCGCUCCCGCUCCUGAGUUCACUGCUGCUCAGCCUGAGGUGGCAGACUGGUCCGAAGGUGUGCAGGUGCCCUCUGUGCCUAUUCAGCAGUUCCCCACUGAAGACUGGAGCGCUCAGCCUGCCACUGAAGACUGGUCUGCAGCUCCCACUGCUCAGGCCACUGAGUGGGUAGGAACGACCACUGAGUGGUCUUAAACUGUUCUUCCACAGACUCUUAAAAUGGAAAUAGGUUGACGGAAAAUAAACAGUUUCUAAAAA